CGGCAGUCCCACUUAUGGCCUGGGGCUCAUUCAAUAUGAUGCUGCUCUUCGAAAGAAAUGACCAGAGCCGACAUCUGCCAAGGUUCAGGCCGACAUGCUCCUCAACCCGUUACUUGGGAGAAGCAGUGUCUCGCUUUUUCUCUUGGCCACACCUCAGAUGUGCUAUUCUUGGAACUUCAUCCUGUUUCAAUUGAUCUGUCGAGAUACGUACAAUCUUUGCUCCACAAGUGUAUCAAGUCCUCAAUCGCUCCGUGUUGCAUAUCAAGGCACUAGCCUGUUAUGCAUAAGCAAGUACUUGUACCAUGAUUCAAGUGAUCUAGACUAUGCUCAAAUCAGCAUAGGUAUGAUUCAGCAAGGAACUGUCUUGGCUAUCUGAGCACAUAUCAGGCAGAGCUAUCUAUCACUAUCUAAGCAGAGUAAAGCAAAGAGCGAAUUCUCGCAUUACUCCCUGUCGACUUGCUCAAAUCUACACUGCAA